AGUGCCGCGCAUCACAAGAUACAUCUAUCUCUCAGACUAACAUUACUGAAUCAUCUAUGUAUUUUCAUUAGAUCUUACAAAUUGUAUCCUAAUUUAAUUUUUUACAAACUUUUUUACCGAACUUUCGUUGUAUUUUGAGGACCUAAUAUAAACACAUCAUGGAAGCGGAUGGCCCCUCCUCUGGAGUGGAUCAGGAUCAGAGUGGUGGCAACAGUCCCCAGGAGGGAUCUGUUGUGCCGGCAGUGCCUGGCGGACAAUACGGUGGCGCCCAUCUUAAUGUGGAUGAAGACCGGAAACUGCAGGUCCGAAGACAACUGUUGUUGCUCAUCCAUGGCCACUGGUGCCGCCAAGAGGACUGCCCCAUCCGAGAUUGCUGGUUGAUUAAAACGGUGCUGGGCCACAUGACCACUUGUUCACGAGCCUUGGACUGCCCCUGGGAUCGUUGUUUCUGUUACCGGACGACCCUGUUGCACUACAGGAACUGCAGAGACCGUGUCUGCAUUAUUUGCUCCAUAAACCAACGACGGGCUAUUGUCAUUCCCGUAACUAAAUACUUAAAUUAAAAGCAAAUCGAAUCAUUCGUUAAUUACCAAAGAUAUAAACUAGAAUAUCCAUUAAAAGUCAUUGCUUUUAUCGUU